GCUGGCGAAGCCGCUGGAGGCGAAGCGAGGCGUGCCGCGGCCGGAGGAGGCGGGCAGGGAGCCGGCUGCUCCCCCCCUUGCUUCUCCUCCCGCCGGCCGGCGAGCAGCGAGGAGAGGGACGCGGGCUGGCCCGGGCUCCUGCAUAAAAAAUGGCAUUUCAGAAGGCAGUGAAAGGAACUGCUCUCAUUGGAGGAGGUGCCAUAGCAACAGUUUUUGGCCUCUCUCAAUUUUCUCAGUAUAGAAACAAACACAGUACCUUUGUGCAUGUUCAAGCUGCAGAAGCUGUGACUGUUCCAAUAAAGAACCAUCUUCCCACAAGAGAACAACAAAUUUUGGCACUGCAAACCACAGGUGAAUUUGAUGUCCUUGUUAUAGGUGGAGGAGCAACAGGAUGUGGCUGUGCUUUAGAUGCAGUCACUAGAGGACUAAAAACAGCCCUUCUAGAAAGAGAUGAUUUCUCAUCAGGGACCAGCAGCAGGAGUACUAAAUUGAUCCAUGGUGGAGUGAGAUAUCUUCAGAAGGCCAUCAUGAAGUUGGAUUUUGAGCAGUACAAGAUGGUGAAAGAAGCACUUGAGGAGCGUGCAAAUCUGCUUGAAAUCGCUCCUCACCUAUCAGCUCCUUUGCCAAUAAUGCUACCUGUUUACAAAUGGUGGCAGUUGCCAUACUACUGGUUUGGAAUAAAACUGUAUGACCUCGUGGCAGGAAGUCAGUGUCUGAGAAGUAGUUAUGUCCUUAGCAAGUCAAGAGCCUUGGAGCACUUUCCAAUGCUACGCAAAGACGAGCUUGUUGGAGCUAUUGUCUACUAUGAUGGACAGCACAACGACGCACGGAUGAACCUCGCCAUCGCCCUCACUGCUGCCAGGUACGGCGCUGCCACCGCCAAUUACGCUGAAGUGCUGCGUUUGCUCAAGACGACAGACCCGGCCAGCGGGAAGGAGCGCGUGUGCGGGGUGCGCUGCAGGGACGUCUUAACAGGGCAGGAAUUUGAUGUCAAAGCCAAAUGUGUUAUCAAUGCUACGGGACCUUUCACAGACUCUGUGCGCAAAAUGGAUGAUCAGGAAGUACCAAACAUCUGUCAGCCAAGUGCAGGCGUGCAUAUUGUGAUGCCUGGUUAUUACAGCCCUGAUAAUAUGGGUUUGCUUGACCCAGCCACCAGCGAUGGUAGAGUGAUUUUCUUCCUGCCAUGGGAGAAGAUGACUAUUGCAGGGACCACAGACAGCCCGACUGAUGUUACUUCCCAUCCGAUACCAACAGAAGAAGAUAUAAACUUUAUUUUGAAUGAAGUGCGCAACUACCUUAGUGUUGAUGUUGAAGUGAGAAGAGGAGACGUGUUGGCAGCGUGGAGUGGCAUUCGUCCUCUGGUCAUAGACCCCAACUCCAAAGACACGCAGUCGAUAUCCCGGAAUCAUGUCGUUACCAUUAGCGAUAGUGGCCUUGUCACGAUAGCAGGUGGGAAGUGGACAACCUACCGUGCCAUGGCGCAAGACACCAUUGAUGCAGCUAUUCAAGCGCAUGAUCUGAAGGCAGGUUCUAGUAAGACCAUUGGACUGCAGCUACAAGGGGCUGAGGACUGGAGUCCCACUCUCUACAUUAGGUUGGUCCAAGACUAUGGACUUGAAAGUGAGGUGGCUCAGCAUCUAGCUUCAACAUAUGGGGACAAGGCUUUUGAGGUGGCCAAAAUAGCCCAAGUUACAGGAAAGAGAUGGCCUAUUGUUGGAAAACGUCUUGUAUCUGAAUUUCCUUAUAUUGAAGCUGAGGUUGUCUAUGGUGUUAAAGAGUAUGCCCGCACGGCAGUGGAUAUGAUUUCCCGACGUACUCGCUUGGCCUUUCUGAAUGUGCAGGCUGCAGAGGAAGCCCUGCCAAGAAUCAUAGAUAUAAUGGGGAAAGAACUUAACUGGAAUGAGCAGAAAAAAAAGGAAGAACUUGAAGCUGCUAAAAAGUUUCUCUAUUAUGAAAUGGGCUACAAAGUAAAAUCAGAUCAAUUAACAGACAGCUCUGAAAUCAGUCUAGGGCCUUCAGAUAUUGAAAGGUACAAGAAGCGAUUCCACAUGUUUGACAAGGACAAGAAAGGGUUUAUUACUAUACUGGAUGUGCAGCGUGUCUUGGAGAGCAUCAGUGUGCAAAUUGCUGAAAACACACUUCAUGAUAUUCUAAAUGAAGUGGAUCUGAACAAAAAUGGACAGGUUGAGCUCAAUGAAUUUUUGCAGCUCAUGAGUGCUAUUCAGAAGGGCCAUGUGUCUGGAAGCCGGCUGGCUGUGCUCAUGAAGACUGCAGAGGAGAAUCUGCAUCAGAGGGUGGUGAUUCCGGUGGACCGGAGCGGUGGUGGACUGUGAGUUCAAACACAACGUCUGCUCACAGCCACGGCUAACGGAGACAUGUAGCUGCGUCUGUCUGCUGAAAAACAUUCCAGUGCUUCUGAUUGUCCUUGCUUGUUCAAGAUGACCAGUAUCUGUCCAUUGGUGUAGCUCUUACAAAAAUACAUUGGUGCGGUUUUUUUCAUUAUUAAUGGUUUUCUGUACAGCUCUUAAUACUCCAGUAUGUGGCCUUUUGGAUUGGGUAUUCUUUAGUCACAGGGGCUUAUUAACAAAGAGUUCAGGAAUACAGUCUAGAAAGAUUUGGGUGCACACACAAGCACGUGUGCACGUACUGCCUUGUUCAUUAGCUUUUAUAUCACCUUUACCUCUUAAAGAAAAUGAUGCUCAGAAAGUGAAUCCUGCCUUUAAAUGCAUUGCAUUGAGUUUUGCAAAUAUGCAUUUAGUAUUUAAAAGCUGCUGAUCUGUCCUCUUCAACAAAGAGCAAGAGAGGGAAAGCUGACGUUCUGGAUUGGAGAUAGUAUCGUGAAAGGAACAAAACUGAUGCUUCCUGAGGUAGUGAUUACUGUGAAGAACUGUCAUGAGCCUUCUGUAGGUGGUUGGUUUUGCUCUUUCGAGUGCUCUGUUAUUUCAGUGGUACCAAUACUUGGCCAGACAAAAAUAUCAGCAGUAUGAAGCUGGAAAACUACAAGACAUCUUGAUUAAUCACCCAAGCUAAUAAUUUAGUUAAAAGCUAGGGGACAGCUUUCCUUUCUCCCAUAUUAAUAAAAAUAAGCUUCCUUUAAUAAACAGCAUUGUCUAGCAGGUGGUGUUUUAUGCUGUAAAGUGCUUCAUACUGUUUCCAGUAUGUCCAGUUUUGGACAAACACUGAUGAUAUGUAGAAUAUGGCAGUUUUUGAUAGCAUAACAGUCUUAAUUGUUUAUUUAAAAAUGCUGAAAGUGAAACAAUGAAAUUUGUUAUGCAUUCCACUAACUUUUAUAGAAAAGUGAAAGGGCUAUUUUUCAGCAGAUUCAUGAAAAAAACCAAACAAUUAGGACCACUCACUUGAGCUGUUUUCAACAACGUUGUAUCUGGCUAUUUGCCUUUCUAUUGUUAGAUUGACUAGGUUCAAGAUCAGAUGGAAGAUUUCUGCCUAAUGUAGAACAAGGAAGGGAAAAACAUAAGAAUGGUUCAUUGAUGAAUUUCUCAUUCUGUUAUAUUCUUUGAGUAUAAAUACCAAUUUACAACUCAAAACAAACUUCAGUUUCAAGGUGUCAGAAUUUCUACUUGUGUAAAAUCUGAUAUAUUUUAACUGAUGUCACCACUUUCACUAAUGGAAAAUAACAGUACAGGAAUGAACAGCGAAGAUUGCUUUGAUAUUUUAAAAGGGAAAAUGAUUACAUACACAAAGUGGAGAUGCUGAGGAGUGUUAGUAUGUAGCAUAGUAAGUACAGAUGUCAUGUUUGGCUGGAGAGGCAGAGUCUUUUUAAAAAAAAAAUUUAAAAUUCAGGUGUUUAAUAGUAGUAGAUAAAAAAAAAAAAAGGGGGUGGGGGGCAAGCCUCACUUAAAAUUCAGCAAAUGGUUAUAUUUCUGUCAGUCCAAACAAUUGGUAAAAUCUGGAGGGAAGGAGACAGUCUCGGGUAAAAUGCCUUUCAGGUGUUUUUUGCAUCUUAAAUUUUUUUUUGACGCUGCCUUGUACCAAAAUGCAGAUAGUGUUAAGGUGUUACGGCUUCUUUGCUUCGAGUCGUGUGCUAGUGAGGCACAGUCUACGUGAAUGAGGAGUUAGCAUAUUUGACAAUGUAAGAAUUCUAUGAACAAAGGGGUUUGUUUCUGUGGUCCUGUAAACUUUUCUUUUUGAAAUAUGUUUCAGUAUAUUCAGGUAAAGUAUGUAAUGUUUGACACAGCUUCAUAUUUCCAACACCUGUUUCAAAUAAGAACACAGUAACAGAUUUUACAUAUAGUGCAGAAUUGGAGGGAAAUGAAUGUACAAUACACAGGUUAUUUUGGUUCAGUGAGCAAGGUAAGGAGGGAAGGGGUUUAGGAUUCUACUGUUAACAAUAAUUUAAGGAAAAAAGAAAAAAAGUAAAAGUAAUGAGACCUUUUCCAGGCCACAUAAAGAAAAAUAUUUACGAUAUUUAACAUCUUUUGUACGGUUUAAAGAAAAAUUCUCCUCCACUCCUCUAUAAAUGGCACUGUUAAGAAUUAAUAAUACAAGUUUACCUGUAAAGCCAGGAUUUUCUGCUUUGUACCCAAAGUAUACUCUUUGUUCUCUUGUUUUAGUAAUAUCGCAUACAGAAUGUGACUUUGGGAUUUUCUUGGCUAUAUGUGUGUCCUCCGAUAUGAAUUUGCUUUGCAUCUUAGGCACUUUACUGUCAUGCUUCUUUGCUCUUUUGUAUGGCACAGCAAGAUCUUGUAUGCCUACCUUGUGUAACAAGAGAAGAUUGCAUGUGUUACUUAAAACAGCUAAAUCUAUACAUGGAAAAAAUCUAGAAGUAUUUAUUUAUCACCUCUCAUCUGUUUUCAGGAAUGUUGGCUUUGUUGUUUUUUGGGGGUUUUUUUCCAUGUGAAUGUACUGUAGAAAGAGUUGUAAAAUGUCACUGUCUUGCAUUGUUCUGAUCCUAGGUGGAAAAACAGCAAUGUGAUUUUUUUUUUUUUUUUUUUUUUUUUUUGAGGUGGGAGUUGUAUUUCUGGAUGGGGGGGUUAUUUUGUGUUUUAAAUAAACUACGCCUGUGGGGGAGGGGAUGCGUGUACAUGCAGCGUGUUUAUAUAUGCGUGUAUCAAUACAUGUGUAUAUAUGUACACACAUACAUACACACUGCAUGUUUUACAUGUGGCACUUACGUAUUUUGUUAGGUUACUGUUCUAGACUGAACUGUUAAAUACUGUGUUUGAGGCUGGGUUGUCAUUUUUAUAACUGUCUUGGUGUUUUACUGCCAUUAUUUAUUACUUUUGAUAUACAGAAUGAGCCGCAUGCAUUUAUAGAGCAAUAAGAGGAUGUAUUUAAUGUGCCUUGUUUUUAACUGAGUAAGAGCUGAAAGCAUGAAUCAAUAAAACUGAUUAAAAAUGG